AUGAGCCAAAGUGACAACCAAGAUGAAACCUUUGAGCUGUACGAUCUCAAGGUCGAGGUUGUCUGUCCACCUGGCGAGCGCAUCCUCUGCGGGGCAAAGGCGGGCGACUAUUUCACUCUCGAGGGUGAGCUUCUUUCGCUGCCUCCCGGCCAGUCGAUAAGUAUCUACAGUCUCGGUAGGCUUUAUUCCCAGUCAUCUUUCUUACUGCCCUUUGCUUUCAUUUUUCCCUCUUUGGCAGCUUGCUACAGAGCCGCUGACUGCAGCGAAGCUUCGGUGCUGCCCCUCCUGCCCGCCAAGCAGCGCGUCACGCACAAGAACGACUGGAUGACGACGGAUGCGCUCGUCGCUUGCCCGGAUCCUUCGUGCCCAAGCAAACUGCGAAUCACGAGAACCGGAAUUCGAACAUUCACUCAUGCAGAGACGACUGCAGUCGGGCUGCAGGGCAACUGA